GGUAGGCGGCAGUUACAAAUGCUCCUCUUAACCCACUGACAGCCUCUGGCACUACUCGAAGUGAGAGAGAGCGAGGAGAGAGAGAGAGACAUUUCUGAGUAUAGAGGGGGAACUUGUUCAGCGGUGGACUUUUAUCAUGCUGAACUGACCAGCGUCUUCCCCUCUGGAAUACUCUACAAAACAACUGCUAGCAGGACGAGACUCGCAACACACGGAUCAUUUCACUGCAAGAAGCCAAAAUGCUCAGCUUUGAGCGGCCCCCUCCAUUAGCAGUGAUGCAUCCUGGGAGAGAACCUCCCUCUGUGGCCAUCCUGCCUCUGAGAAACACCCACCACCAGCAACCGCACCACAGGAGGAGAACCAAGAGGAUGGAGAGGGGGAAACCGGGACUGCGCUCCAAGAAACUGGCCAUCCUGUCACGGUCGCUCAUCAUCUGUAGCUCCAGCACCAAUGAGGACGCCUCCAGCCCAGAAGAGAGGUACUGUGAGCCCUGGGACGCUGGACUUGAGGAGAGAUACCACAGGGACCCGCUGGAAGGGCCAAUGGGAAGUUCGGAAAAGUGCAUCACGAGGAGCAUCAGUGUCCAGGCGUCUCAGAGGGGACAAGAGGGCCCCAAAAGGACUAUGAGGAGGUCCUUCUCCAUCAAGGAAAGCAGUUUCUGGAGAAUGUGUGUCGCCACACGCGAGGAGGGUCUACAAGUGGGUGAUAACAAACUUCAGUCCAACGACAAUGGUGCUACUGUUGUCCAGGAUUUACACAGGGACACUUAUGUCUACUUUGGAGACAGGCUUGCCCCAUUUAACGGACAGGUUAUAAACGAUCAAAGAAAACAGGAGCCUGAUCCAGAGAGAAAGCCUGUGCUGAAGACUGUGUGUAGAACCACCAGUACUGAAGGUUUCUCUCCAUGUGAAAGCAGAGCUCUGUUCACUAAUGUCAAUGAAUCAGACCAGCUUGGCUACAGUUUCGGAGAAAAGGAGGCGAUGGGAAACAACAAUAACUUGAAGAUGCCAAUUAUUAAGGUGUCAGACGAUGACAGCAAGAACUGUGAUGAUGAGGAUCAGAGCUGCCAAGAGACGUCCUGCAAAAGAUCUCGCUCCAACUCCACCAGCGUUCACCCGUACUGGAUCGGAGACUUGGAUACCAUCAUUAUGAAGACGCCAGAGCUGUUCCCGUGUCACGCCCACGCCACCACAGGAUUUUACGGCAACAGGAAGUCUCUCUCUCAACAGCUGGAAUUUCCUCAUAGCAUUCCACAGGCUGUGGUUAGACCAUCUCGCUCUCUAAGUUCAGCACACUUGGUCCCCUCCUGCAGUAGCGUACAGGCGUUCAUCAUCUCCAACAUCGUGCUCAUGAAGGGCCAUGGCAAGGGCCUGGGAUUCAGUAUAGUAGGAGGCAGAGACAGCAUGUACGGCCCAAUGGGGAUUUACGUGAAGACCAUCUUCCCUGGAGGUGCAGCGGCCGCUGAUGGAAGACUACAGGAAGGAGACGAGAUACUGGAAUUGAAUGGCGAAUCUCUGCACGGCUUGACACAUGAAGAUGCCUUACACAAGUUUAAACAAGUGAAGAAGGGUUUGUUAACGCUGGUGGUGAGGACCAGUCUGCGGGUGGGCUCCAUGCUGGGCAGCAACGGACAGGUGUCUCAGUUAUGCAGAUCCAGAUCGCUGAGCUCCAGCACCGGUAUAAGUCGAGUCAGUGCUGAUUUGGGAGACUAUAACUGCCUUAAUAACUCUGCAAAACCCCAGGACAGAGUCAUGAUGGGGAUCACGUUGCAGAAGGAGAUUGGCGUAGGUCUGGGCAUUGGCUUGUGCUGUGUACCUUCAGCUAGCGGCUACCCGGGAAUCUUCAUUCACACGCUGUCGCCAGGAUCAGUGGCACACAUGGAUGGACGAUUAAGAUGUGGCGAUGAGAUCAUGGAGAUCAAUGACACAGUGGUUUGCAACAUGACACUGAACGAUGUGUACACGGUUCUGAGUCAGUGCAGCCCGGGCCCGGUUCAGAUCAUCAUCAGUCGACACCCUGACCCAAAAGUUUCUGAGCAGCAGCUCAAUGAUGCAAUCGCUCAGGCGGUGGAGCACAGCAGACUGAGGAGAGACAGGAGUCAGUGGAGUAUGGAUGGAUGUAACAGCAGUCUGAGGAGAUUAGAACCCUGUUCGCACAGCAGACAGAAGUGUAUCCGCUGUCUGGACAGGAGCGGUAGUCAUCUGACCUGUAGACGAGCACAGAAACCCAUGAUCCGAUCCUGCAGUGAGGGCGCCUACAGCCAGCGCUGUACACCAGCCAGCGCCACCACUCAAUCCCUUCUACAACCGGAGCACGUCACCAGAGUACAGAGCAUGGACGUCUCUUUAACAACCAACAGUGAAACUUCACUUAACAACACACUUUCUCCAGCCUCGUUCACUGAUGAUGACUAUAACAUUCCCUAUAAAUGUCCAGUAAAUUUCAUUGAACAACAAACAUUAGAUGUGCAUACAGGUGGGGUGAGAAAUUCUACGCCAGGACCAACAAACCAGACACGGAGGUACUGCAGACGACAGGAAGUCACCAGUCAGGAAGCGCUGACUGAUUCGAGCGGCUCUAGUCGAGGUUCUCCAGUAAAAGAGGAAGAUCUGCUGCCUUCUCAAAGCAAUUGCCAGUUUUUCUGCAGUCUAUACAGGGCUUUGAGAAAGAUCUCAAGGCUUCUGUUUAAAAAUGAAGUGGUUGAACACGCAGAAGUCAGAACUAAAGCAUCUGCCUGUAUCUCCGAGCCUAAAAGUGACUCAACACACAGAGGGGACAGACAGCACAAAGGUCCAGAGUCCCCAUCUCAAGUGUGCAGUCCGAGUAAGCGGGUCGGUCUGAGACGUCAGGCUCGUUUGGAGCUCAGUACAGAUCAACCACUUGACCCCUGGGUAAAGCUGACCGAAAGUCCAGAGAACCAGUCAUUUUGCUCCAAAAACAUGGGUGACCAUAAUGGAGAUGCUGAAGUUAACAGCACUGCCUCUGAAACCACAAACAUCACCUCAGACUCCAAAUAUGAACAACCUCCCAAUGUUAAAAAAGGGCCCCCGGUGGCUCCAAAGUCUGCAAGAGUACGUCAAAGCAUGAAGAGUAUUAAAUCUGGGAAACCGAUAACAGAGGCUUUGAAGCACCCAGAUAACAGCAGCCACGAUACUGGCAGGACCUUUGGGAUUAGUCGGAGGGCUGCUUCAUCAGGAGGCAAUUUGUCAAUCAGGCAGAAGAUCAGCUCGUUUGAGACUUUCUCAAGUGCCGAUGGAGCCGAAAAGCCGAACAGGCGACUGGCCCCAACAGCAUCUCUUCCUCCAAUGGAGAAGACAGCUAAAAACUCAUCUGCAGACUACAGCAAUGCAGAGAGAACCAAAGCUAACACAAGAAACUUGCACAAUAAUGAUAACUGCCAGUCGACACCAACAAUUUCAGCCACCAACCAACCGCCAGAGGAAGAAGAGCAAACAGCUUCCCUCAGUUCAGAUAUCAUUUCAGUGCCCCAUCCUGCAGAGGAAGAAAAACAAUCAACUUUUCAUGAUUCAGAGCCCUGUAAGCCAAUCCCUAUUGAGGAACCCGCUCUGGACUCAAAAGAGCUUCCACCUGCUGCUGAGAAUGAGCAAGAACCCCUACCUUCUGAAGAGGAUUCGCCCCCUUCAAGCCACGUACCAAGAAGAUCAAGCAGCUCGAAAGAGGGUCUUGGAGAAAAACCAGAAGGUGCUGGAACUCAUACGGUGAGCUUGAGGACCCGAAGUCUACCCCUCAGUCCCUCUUCAGAUACCCCCACCUCAAGUGGCUUGGAAGGGGAGAGCCUGGGGAUAAUCUUGUCCUUCAGCAACCAGGUGUCCAAUGCUCUGAUGCGAUCCAUGCAAUCCCUGCCGCAGUCCCCUUGCAUUCGAAUUGGGAACCCUUGGAGCGCCCCACCUGGAUCCCCUCUUCAUAACCCAAUAGAAGAAGACUCUUCUGCCGAAAAUCCCUCACCUUCACCAGCACUAGAAAACAGUGAGAGGGGUUUCUCUGUAAGCUUGGCUGAACUGAGAGAGCGCACCAUCGAGAGAGGGGAGGAGUGCGAGGAGGACCGGAAACCCGAACGACCGCUCACUUCAGCCUCAGCCCUCUGUGCCCAAUCGAUGCUCUCGGCCCUUCCUCAACAGGAGAUUCAGCGGAUGAUUCAGGAAGUCAGGGAUCUGGAUGAAGACACGCUAAGGCAACUGGAAGGCAUCCAGGUUGUGAUUCUACAUAAAGAAGAAGGAGCUGGCUUGGGUUUCAGCAUUGCUGGAGGUAUUGAUCUGGAGAACAAAGCAACUACAGUUCACAGAGUGUUUCCCAGUGGCUUGGCAGCUCAGGAGGGCACCAUUGAAAGAGGAGAUGAGGUGUUGUCCAUUAAUGGUCAAACGCUAAAAAAUGUCACGCACAGCGAUGCCACGGCGAUACUCAGGCAAGCCCGCACCAUGAAGCAGGCUGUGGUGGUGGUGUCCAAGAACAAAGAAGCAGAAGGAAAGGGAAGCGCUAACGCUAAUGAGUCUAGCAGCAGCGGGGCAGAAAGCAGCGUCACAGGGGACGAUGGAGGUGAAGCUGUAACAAUCGAGCUGGAGAAGAAUGCGGGUGGAGUUGGAUUCAGUCUUGAGGGAGGAAAAGGCUCCAUUAAUGGUGACAGACCACUAACAGUCAACAGAAUAUUUACAGGAAGUGACGCUGAGCAAAAGGGGCUGAAGUCUGGCGAUGAGGUACUGCAGAUACAGGACUCGUCUCUGCAGGGUCUCACACGCUUUGAGGCCUGGACAUUCAUCAAAGGUCUGAACGACGGUCCGUUCACACUCGUCAUUAAGAGAAAAAGAUGCGAGUAGAGCGAAACUCCAUUCAAAAGCACUUAUAAAAAGCCAAAAGAAAAAAAAAAAACAGAACACAUACUGGACUACCAAUUUUGAAUCAACUUUAAAUUAUGCAAAAACGUUAUUUCAAGCCUUGAGGAAAUGCCUCCAAUUUCUAAAAAUGACAAAUCACAAUUUCUUAAAAGCAGGUUUCCCAGUUGUUUCGACCAAUGAGUUUAGUCUAUUUUUGCAGAGAUUGCAAUCCAAAAGAGCAAUUUCUAACAAA